AUGGCUCGUCUCGAGACUCGCAAAUCCGAAGACUACUAUGUCGCCUGUUUGACUGUAAUUCCAGAAGAAUUUGCGGCCUUCAGAGAAGUAUAUGACAAGCGACACAGCCGUCCGCUUGGAAUCGAUCCGCGGGAUCCCAAUCAAUACGAAUUUGGCGAAAUUGCUGGCCACAAUGUUGUGUUGUGUUCAGCGACAGCUGCUGACCUGUUACGGAGCUUUGAAGGCAUUAAAUAUGCUCUUCUUGUCGGUAUCGGUGGCGGAGUUCCCAGCCGUGCUUGUGAUGUCCGCCUCGGCGACAUUGUUGUGGGGACCCCAGGAUAUCUAUCCAGUGGUAUUACUCAUCACGAUCAGGGAAAGCAGCUAUCAGAUCGUUUCAUGCAUCUGAACUUCCCGGUACCUCCACCUCGGGCGAUUCAAGCUGCUGUCAGCCAGAUGCGGGUAAGGGAGCUGGAUAAAAGCAGUAAAAUACCUAACAUCAUUUCCAGCGUGGUGGGCAAACUCCCUAGCUUCAACCGACCUGAUAAUCGGUCGGACCAUCUCUUUCAAGCCGACUACGAACAUGCUGGAGAAGGCUCUGAUUGCGAUGAAUGCGACAAGAAGAGACUGGUACAGCGUAGUGCCCGGGAUAACCUGGCCCCUCAAAUUCAUUAUGGGGUAAUUGCAUCCGGUGGUUUACUAGUCAGGAGUGCCGCAAAAAGGGAUUCCUUGCGGGAUCUAUACAACGCGUGUUGUAUUGACAUGGAAGCAGCAGGCAUUAUGGGCACCUUACCAUCUCUCGUCAUCAGAGGUAUUAGUGAUUAUGCGGAUUCACAUAAGAACGACCACUGGCAGAAAUAUGCGGCAGUUGCAGCGGCGGCCUUUGCGAAGGAGCUGCUCCAGUGCCUCCCGUCCCUUCUUGCCGGUUCCACGUCUUGCUCUGAUGGGACGUCUGACGAGUCCACGGUCACUACUCAACCUAUAAGUCACACCCUCGAGAAUUUGCUUGAACGAGAGGCCCGUACCAUCAAGGCCUACAACUGGAGGGAGUCGAUUGUAGACCUUUCAAAGAUACUCGGUCUGAAAUGGGACGUGGGAUCGCGUCCGCAGCUAGCAAAUGCUCUACAAGUCAACAAGGGACCCAAUGGCUCAGCAACACAGAAUAAUGCGCUACGUCGCGCCCUCAUGAAGGAGUUGAGGGUUGAAAAUGGAAGUAUCGUCAUUCCUGGUCACUUGCAAGCGUUGCGAAACUGAUUCGGGCAGCACAUUAGGAGAAUGAUACGCUCUGUGAGAGUAUUGAGGUUAUGCACAAUAUGAAUAGAAUAUGUUGUAAUUAU